UUACUCUUACUAACAACAUGUCGUUCAACUCCUCAGAUGUCCCGUCAACGUUAUAUUCUUUGGUGGAUGAACAAGGUGGUGGAAUUUUAUCGCCAUGGAUAAAAUAUGCGAGGUCUUCUGGUGACUACAGUAUUUUAGAAGAGUAUUUGGAUACUGCAGUGAAAUCAUACCUGUACAAUGGUGGAAAAGGAAAACUUGUGCCGAUUUCACAACUCGUCACUAUCCGGAACAAACAGAGAAAUGCAUUGUUGGGCGCGUUACGAAGAAAAAAAGGACGGGGCAAAAGUGGACCUAAUAUUCUGGAACACAUUGAUCAAGAUGCUCUGUCGUCUGGAGAUUUUCUCAAGGCGCUUAAAGUUUUAGAUGGUGGGAUGAUCAAAGGAAGAAGAAGCUUCAAGUACAGGGAGCUGGUGUGGGAUAUGGAUCAGAGAGGUCGCCUUGGAGAAAACCUGCUGCACGUCUGCAUGUUAUUGAAUACCGCAGACAUGAACGAACUUGUGAAACAAAUGACAUAUAGAUUCCCAAAAAUUGUCAACGAUAUUUUCCUAUCAGAAGAAUAUUAUGGAUUAUCACCAUUACAUCAAGCAAUAGUUAAUGAAGACUUGGAGAUGGUGUAUUUUUUAUGCCGCAAAGGAGCUGAUGUUCAUCAAAGGUGCUAUGGAUCAUUUUUCUGUGCUGAUGACCAGAAAGCAUCAAGAACUGAUUCAUUGGAGCAUGAGUGGGUGGAUUUAGUGCAAAGCACCAAGUAUACAGGACAAAUGUACUGGGGCGAGUACCCGUUGUCAUUCGCGGCGUGCACAAACCAAGUGGAUUGCUUUCGGCUCCUUCGCGCGAUGAAAGCCGAUCCCAACAUGCCGGACACCAAUGGUAACACGGUGCUUCAUCUGACAGUUAUACAUGAUCUACCUGAAAUGUUCAUGUUGGCAGUGGAACUCGGCGCUAAUUUGCACGUGAGAAACAAUUUAAAGCUUACGCCUUUAGCAUUGGCAGCUAGACUGGCAAAGAAGCAUAUUUACGAUUUGAUAUUGGAAUGUGACAUGGACAUUUCAUGGAGGUAUGGACCGGUGGUCUGUAAGGCCUAUCCACUUAAUGAUGUGGACACUAUCAACGAAAGUGAUGGCUCGCUCAACCCAAACUCAGUUAUAGCGAAUGUAGUGUACGGAGACAAAGUGGAUCAUUUGGAGUUUUUUGAUGGGCUCAUUGAGGAAGUCUUGGAGAGCAAGUGGGAGACUUUCGGCAAAAAACAACUUUUUAUGUCACUCGCUGGAUAUAUAUACUUUCUGGCGGUGUUUUAUCUCGCUUUCAUGACCAGAGAUGCCCACAUUCUCCCAAGUGAUGAGGACGAAAAUGAAAAGUUUGGAAUGAUUGAACUAGAUUUCUCAAAUUUCACAAAUAUUCUCAGCGAGGGGUUAAGUUUGAGAGAACAUUUAGCAAUUGCGAGAAUGGCAGAAAGAGAAGCUCUACCAGCACACUGCCAUCUUUGGGAUUAUUCAGGACCAUCGCAACAGAUUCGCAUGAUAAGUGAAAUUCUGUGUCUACUCGCAGUAGUAAUCCGAACAUUUAAAGACUGCAUUGAUGCUCACCGAACAGGUGUUUCUCGCUGGUGGAACUCUAUUAAGGCCUUCCCUGAGAAAGUUCUCCAUAAGUUCUGCCAAAUUCUUGUGUUAUGCACAGUUCCACUCCGUGUUGGAUGUUAUUUGGACGAUAGUUUUCUAGUCAUUGAGAACUUGCUAGUGGUGUGCAUUGUAAUCAUGAGUACUUUGCAUUUUCUUUUUUAUUGCAGAAGUCUUAAAUUUGUCGGGCCAUUUGUGUUGAUGGUGUACAAAAUUAUUGUGAGAGAUAUGCUGCGAUUUUUGCUUAUAUACUCGUUUUUCUUAAUGGGAUUUGCACAAGCAUUUUUUGUUAUAUUCAAAUCCUGUGAGAGAGCAGAAAUUGCUUAUCAGAAAGCUCAUAACUAUACUGAAGACGAUGAAUAUAUUGAGAAAUUUGAAAACAUCAUGGAAGAUGGUUGGGAGGCAGUGAUGAGAAUGUUUAUUAUGAGUGUGGGAGAAUUUGGUGCACUUUAUAAAAACUUGAACGAGUGCAAAAGCAGCAUUGCUCCACAGUCCAAGGUAUUUUUCAUCCUCUUCGAGUUAAUUGUGACUGUUAUGCUUCUGAAUCUACUAAUUGCUAUGAUGACUCGUACUUAUGAGAAAAUUGCCGAAACUGAGAAAGAAUGGAAGCGUCAGUGGGCGCAAGUAAUUUUAAUGUUAGAGCAGUCAUCUUCAGCCUCGGAACGCCUCCUAUCACUUUAUCGUUAUACUCGGCCAAUACGUUCCGAUAAACGAAGAAGAGCAUUUGUUGUGAAAGUGAAGUCGAAUGACCGCCAGCAACCACAACUCAAAUUAAUUCCACCGCGUGGAAAACCGUCAAUCCGCUUGUCAAACAACAGUUCCAUUCAUGUCUUACAUGUUCUAUCAAAACAUGCUUCGUAAAAACUAAAAAAAUUUCAAUUAUUCGUUUAUUAAUUUUUGCCGUAAUAAAGUGUUCAUAGUCCU